AUGACAUUUUUCGAGCCAACAACGCCCGUGAUCACAAACAGAAUGGGGAGCAUCAGCACCAACAUUCCCCAUCUCGUCCAGACAAAUGGUUCGAAACAACUUGUGGUGAAGGGAAAGCCCUUCCUCAUGAGGGCUGGAGAGCUUCAAAACUCUUCGCUAUCGUCGCCCGAGUAUAUGAAUGCUGUUUGGAAGAAGAUGGCCGAUACCAAUAUCAAUACUUUGCUCGGCAGCGUGACGUGGGAGAUGAUCGAGCCCGAGGAAGACAAGUUUGAUUUUUCGGUAAUUGACCAAAUCAUCAGCGAUGCACGGAAGCAUUCCAUGCAUUUAGUGCUGCUCUGGUUUGGAUCUUUCAAGAACGGAUUAUCCACAUACACACCAGCCUGGGUGAAGACAGACAACACCCGGUUCCCCCGGGCGAAACUUCGCAAAGCGGGCGGUCGCCUCGAAACGGCCAACGUGCUCUCCAUCUUCAGCCCCGAGAGCCGCAAAGCAGACGCCAAAGCCUUCGGCCGCCUGAUGGGGCACGUGAGAGAGAUUGACGAGCCGCACUCCACCGUGCUCAUGGUGCAAGUCGAGAACGAGUGCGGUGUUCUGGGCGACUCUCGCGACGGUUCCGACUUGGCCAACAAGGCUUUUCAAGAGUCCGUUCCGAAGGACCUGGUGUGGUUUCUCUCGUCAGAGUGGAACAACCUGCACCAGGAUGUCCGAGAACAGAACUUGUCGCAUUUUGACCCUGCAAGUCAUGAAAUUGACGGCAAAAACAGCUGGGAAACCGUGUUUGGUUCCAGUCCGCGCACAGACGAAUUGUUCAUGGCAUACCACUAUGCCCUCUACCUGAACCAAGUCGCCGCAGCCGGGAAGAACGCAUACUCCAUCCCACUCUACACCAACGUGUGGAUGAACUACGUCGGAGAAGACUCAGACAACGACUUCCCCGUGGUUGUCGGCGGCGGCGGCAUGCCGGGAGAUUAUCCGUCCGGCGGCCCCGUGAGCAACGUCCUGGACGUAUGGAUGCGCUUCGCGCCCAAGCUGGACUUCAUUGGGCCGGACGUCUACCUCAACGACUACGCCAGCUCCUGUGCUAAGUACAGGCACCGGAACCAACCGCUCUUCAUCCCGGAGCAGCGCCGCGAUGGCUAUGGCGCUCGCCGUAUCUGGAUCGCCUAUGGCACUUUUAGCGCGAUGGGGGUUGCUCCCUUCGGCGUGGACACGGUCAACCCGGAGGACAGCGCGUUUACCAAACACUAUGGCCUGGUAAAGUCUGUUUCACAGAUUGUUCUCGAAGCACAGCGGCACCCAGACACGUCGGUGGGGUUCUGCUUCGAUGAGCUUCCGACAGAUGAUUCUGCAAAGGACCCGAGUCCUUCAAUCUGCCGGGUCUGGGGAGAUUUCGAGAUCUUCAUCGAGCGGUGCUUUGUCUUCGGGAAACCUGGAACAGGAGCUGGCAUGGUGAUCCAUCGUGGCGGCGGCAAAUUCUUGCUCAUCGGCUGGGGCUUCCAGGUCAGGGCGAAGGCGUUGGGCCAGGACAAGAACUUCACUGGUAUUCUGAAAUUCGAGGAGAAGAUUGUGGAGGACGAGGGCGCCGGCCGUCUGAAGACGAGCAGGGUCUUGAACGGUGACGAGACGAGAAGCGGGCAGGCUGCGAUGAUGCCAAAUGAAGACCCAGACUACGGCGGUUUCCCCAUUUCCGUGACUAUUCCCGCCAGAACGAUGAUUGCAGAGCGACUUGCAGAUCGAACCAAUUCAGACACAGCUAUGAGUGCUUUCGUACUCGGUAAGCUCGGCCAGCAGGACUGCGUCAUCUUCUUAGUGGUCGAAAUCCUCGCCCGCGACGAUGUUAUUGUGCCUGUUCACGCGAUUAUCUUCGAAUUAUCGCCAUCAUUAUGA